AUGGAAAAAGAAAACGAAAUACCAAGGGCCGAAGAAGAGAAAAAGACAGAGCUGAAUUUCAUUUCAGACACUGAUUCAUCUGAUGAAGAUGAAAAAAUGAAAAAAUUACUCGAAAUCAUAGAAACACCUGUCGAAUCUCAAGAAAAGAGCAAAGAAGAAGAAGAAAAAUCAGAGCCAAUUGAAAACAACAAUGAAGAACAGGAAUAUUCUGCUGAAGAAAAAGAAAUAAACAAAGAUUUAAUUGAUUUCGAAGCCGUAUCUAAAGAAGCUGAAAAAGUAGUCAAUAAUAUACAAGAAAGUUCGGAAGAAGAAUAUAGUGAAAAAGCUCCGACCGAACCUCCUAAAGAAAUAGAAGCUCCAAAACCAAAAAAGGUUUUAGGUAAUCCAGAAUUAAUUGAAAAAUUACGAAAGAGAAGAGAAUCUUUAAAGAAAGAUAAAAAGGUAAAUCUUACAGACGUUCUUUCGGCCGAUUUCUUUAAUAAUCAAGAUCCAUCAUUGACAAUUCUCCCGCCUUCUGGUGUUAAAGGACGUAAUAUGCUUCGCAGGCAAAUGCAGAUAAUGGCUGAUAAACAAAUUUUAGAUGAAGCACGGGCAGACAGAGGCAAUGAAAUUCAGGAUGAAGAAUUCGAGGAAGAAGAGGAAGAGGAGGAAGAAAAGAAGGAAGGUGAAGGAAAUGCAGAAGGUGAAACUACCGAAGGAGAGAAAAAAGAACUUGAUCCCUUAUCCAAAGUGGUUGUUGAGAAACUUAACAAUGAAAUUGGAGAAGAUACAGAAUUAACAGAAGAAGAAAUAGAAAAGAAGAUUUACCAAGAUAUUGUUAAUAUGCGUCUUGCAGUUGAUAUUGAAGAAAUCAAGAAGGUCAUUAGAAUUAUUACUGGUGAAUGGAGAAGUGGUAAAUUACGAGGCACUGCUACAGCUGGUGGUGAUUCAAUUGAUGGCGCAUUCCAGGGUAACCAAGAAGAAAACAAGAAACUUGCAGAAAAAAGAACAAUGAGAAAUCAAAGAAGAAAACAGAGAAUUGAAACACAACUCGAAGCAUUAAAUGGCAACACCAUGGAACAGCUCAUCCAAAAAGCUAUGUGGAUUCAGAAAGCAAACUCUGAAGAUGCAACUUGGGCCGAUAAAUUAAGAGCUCGUCAAGCUUUUCUUGCAGAUGGAGAUCAGCGCAAGGCUGUUCUUGAAGAUAUGGAGUUCCGUGAAUGGCAGCGCGAACAGCGUCUUAAAGAAUAUGAAAAAUGGAAAGAAAAAGCUGAAAAGAACAAAGAUAAAUCUAAUAAGAAAGAAUUUUCAAAUAAGAAUCCUGCUGCCUUUGCUCCUGUUGGACCAAUGAAGAAGAACAUUGAUAGAAAGGCUUCAACUUCAUUUACGUAUAUUCGCGAAGAAGCAGAGAAGCCAGUCGUCAAAUUUAAAGAACCUGAAAAAAUUAUUGACAUUCCAGAGGCCAAACCAAAUAAGAAGCUUGCUGAAUUCCUUUCUAGAUCCAAUUCUUUAAGUGGAAGGAUAUCUAGAUCAAAUUCAACAGGAACUGAUAAUCAAAAAUAA